AAAAUUGAUUGAUUGAUUGAUUGAUUGAUAGAUAUUUGACAGUCUGCAUUACUCUUUUUACUUGUUUUUUGAAAGAUAAAGUAGGGUCAAGGACAACGCCAAGAUAUUUAAACUCAGUGACUACUUUGAUUGGUUCUCCAGAGACAAACACUGGAAACUUGCUUUUGUAAAAUACAUACAGCUGUUUUCUUAACAUUAAGAAACAGUUGAGACUCAUUGAGCCAGUUGUUGACCUUCACCAUUACAGCAUUCAAUUUGGCAGCUGCCAGUUCUUUAGUUUUUGCAUGAGCAUAAAUAACCGUAUCAUCUGCGUACAUUUGAACUUUGCACCUGUGCAGAUAGACGGAAGAUCAUUUAUAAAUAAACUAAACAGGAGAGGUUCCAAGAUGGAUCCCUGGGGCACACCCACUUCAUUGCUCAGAAAGGGUGAUGCCUCACCUGCAGUCCUUACACAUUGGACUCUAUCUGCAAGACAGGACUUCAUCCAGUUCAGCGCGCCAAUGGAAAAAUUAUAGUUUGAGAGUUUGCAGAGGAGUAUCUGAUGACUGACAGUGUUGAAUGCCUUCUUAAAAUCUAAAACUAUCGCACCAACAACACCUCUUUUAUCCAUUUUCUGUUUAAUAUUUUCUAAGAAGAAGCAGUUUGUUGUCUCAGUGGAGUGGUUGGUCCGAAAACCAAACUGCAUUGGGUGCAGAGUGUAUGGGCUACUGUUAAUAUGGGAAAUUAGCUGUUCAACAACACAUUUUUCAGCAACUUUGGAGAUAACAGGCAAAAUACUGAUUGGCCUAUAGUUACUUAUAGUAGUUGAGUCUCCUGAUUUAAAGACUGGUACCACAAUGGCUGACUUCCAGUCAUUAGGAUAUUUAUCUUCUUUGAUAGAAGCAUUCACUACUUUUGUUAAUGGUUCAGUGAAUGCAUCUACAUACUGGCUUAUGAUCGCCAAGCACUCCUGGAUAUUCGGCUUGCAAGUGCAAAUUUGAUCAGGUUUGAUCCGUGACAAAGAAGGCUUCCUCCACCGCUUCUUGCGGGAUUGCCUGCCCACCUCUACGCAGCUCCUCUCCCCAGACGGAGGCUUCACAAAACCCGGUCCUGCGGUAAACGCAGCGGGUGACUGGUGAGGCUGAAAGCCGCUCUGGUGUUUUUUUCAGCGUCUACUCUGGCUGGAUAUGGAUCGACCCAUCGCUACUCUGUCUCCCGUCGCUCUCUCGAGCCUACCGGCACCUGGCUGGUGCCUGUCAUCGGCACGGAGUUCCAUGCCCGCCUCUGUUCUCCCCAUCUGCGCAGAGGAGGGGUGAACCAACGUAGCCUUCAACCUGUCGCCCGAGCUCCCAGGACGGAUGAUCGCCUUGCUGCUCCGCCUCCCGCCAGGGUCGCCCUGGUGAAUACUAGAUCGCUAGCAAACAAGACGUUCAUCCUGAACGACUUAUUCAUCACACGUGAACUGGAUUUCUUGUGUAUUACGGAGAGACAUGGCAGAGUGCCGGUGAGUCAAGCUCCUUCUCUGAACUCUUGCCGCCCGGCUGUUUGUAUUUCAGCGCUCCGUGAAUGUCUGGCCGGGGAGGGGGAAUUGCGACCGUUUUCAAGACUUUGACUGUAAACAACUGUCACCGGUCUCAUUCUCCAGCUUUGAACUGAUCAUGUUUGAACUGGGUCGCUCUCGCCCUGUACUGUGCACGGUGAUAUACCGACCCCCAAAAUAUAACAAGCACUUCAUCUCGGAUUUCUCAGACUUCCUGGCUGAAAUAAUGCCUAAAUAUGACCAUGCUUUAAUUCUUGGUGAUAUGAAUAUACACGUGUGUUGUCCCUCCAAGCCCCCGACUAGUGAAUUCUUAAAUCUCAUUGGUUCAUUUGAUCUUGUGCAGUCUGUGACUGGUCCCACACAAGAGCACGGGCACACACUUGACAUCGUCCUAUCAUAUGGUUUACCAGUUUCCAACAUUGAAGUUUGUGGUGCAUUCUUUUCUGACCAUAUGCCUGUUUUGUUCGAUGUGUCUCUCCCAUGUUACACUGACAAACAAAUCGCACCAGCUUGUCGAUGCUUACAAGUCCUUGAUACUGUCGCUCCCUUAAAAACCAGACGCGCCAAACCUAAAACCGAGCCCUGGUUGAAUGACAGUACACAGGAAGCCAGAAGAGAAUGCAGGAGGGCUGAGCGUCAGUGGAAAAAGGACAAGCUACAGAUGUCUUUUGAUAUUCUGAGGGACAGCUGGCGUAGUUACCAGCAAAUUGUCAAGGCUGAAAAGAUGAAACACUUUUCUGAUAUCAUUUUAACCAACUGUCACAAGCCUCAGGUCCUUUUUAAAACUAUUAAUGAUAUUCUUGAUGCCCCCAGGUCUGUCUGUCUGGAUGCCUCCUCUGAAAUGUACCGUACCGAAAGUGUUGUGGAAACAGGGCUACACAGAAUUCUGGACUACAGCACUAAGUGGCUCAGCAACACCCCAACAAAGCAACACAUGGCAGCAAACAAAGGACCAGAAGAGCAGCUUCUAAGCCUUUACAUAUCCCAGAUGGUCUGAUUGGCUACUGGUCUCCAGCCAAUGGCACAAGAGAGGGGAGGAAGAGCUAGAGUCACAGCACAGCUACGUGGAUUGGGGGAGCCUUCAUUGUUGGAACAGCUGAGAUGGUGUACACGCCCUCUAUGGGACUAAUCUGGGCGAUCAUGAUGAUGAUUGCAUACAGCUCUUCUUUUAUCAUUGCUGGCUUCGUGUUUGCAAAGCCACUGAGAGAAAGACACUGUGUGACGAUGCUGGACCCUUUCCAUGCCAAGUAUGGAAAAUCAGUAACAGCUGGACUAACUAUGGCUGGUCUUAUUAUGGAUCUACUGUGGGUUCCCACAAUACUAAUUGGAUUAGGAGGAAUUAUGAGUGUGGUCCUGGAUUUGUCCUACACUGUGUGCAUCUGGAUCUCUGCUGCCGUUGCCAUUACCUACACACUGCUGGGAGGUCUCUACUCUGUGGCCUACACAGAUAUUAUACAGCUUGUGCUCAUAUUCGUCAGCUUGUGGAUCUGUGUUCCCUUUGUUAUGAUGAACCCAUACUCUUUGGACAUUGGACAGACACUGACGAACAACACCUUACAUGCUCCCUGGAUUGGUACACUGGGGCUGAAAAGGACCUGGAUAAUGAUUGAUAAUUUCUUAUUCUUUGCACUGGGGAGCACGGGAUAUCAGUGCCUCCACCAGAGGACCUUGUCGGCAUCUUCCACAUCCACAGCCAAGAUCACUUGCUUUAUUGCUGCUGUCAUCUUACCUACAUUUGGGAUACCUCCUAUACUGCUUGGGGCAGCUGCUGCAUCCACAGACUGGAACCUGACCUCCUAUGGUUCUCCAUCUCCAUAUGAACGUGGGGAAUCAGUUCUAGUUCUUCCCAUCACCCUGCAGCACCUCACCCCAUGGUUCGUCUCCAUUAUUGGUACUGGAUGUGUGGCUGCUGCUGCGAUGUCAUCGGUUGACUCUGCGCUGCUUUCUGCUGUUUCUAUCUUCACCUCCAACAUAUACAAGAACAUUUUCAGGCCUCAGGCAUCAGACAGAGAGAGUCAGUGGGUGAUCCGUGCGUCUGUGUUGGUAGUGGGCUUGGUUGGUACGUUACUGUCCAACCUGAAAAACAGCAUGUUGGUGUUCUUGUUCACUGGCACUGAAUUGGCCUACAUCGUAAUCUUCCCUCAACUUGUCUGCAUCCUCUUCUUCAACAUCUCAAAUGGUUAUGGGGCUACGAUGGGUUUGCUGGUGGGAUGUGUGUUGAGACUGCUCAGUGGAGAGCCCUCACUAGGAUUACCACCAGUCAUACACUUCCCAGGAUGCACUCUUGAGGACGGUGUUUAUGUCCAGUACUCUCCAGUCAAGACCAUCUCCAUGCUGUCUGCCACUGCUGCCAUCUUGUUGUUCUCCUAUCUGGUUUCUGUGCUCUUCAACAAAGGGCUGCUUCCUGAGAAGUGGGAUGUGUUCAAAGUGAAAGCUCAGCAUUCACCACAACCACUGACACCAACAGAUGGAGCCACAGAAAAUAACGAAAAGGAGAAAUUAAAUAGAGACAACUCUCAGACCUUGGCUGCGGUCGAAUAGUCUUUUUUGCUUAGGAAGGUUCUUAACUGAGUGAAAUGACCCGGAAGUAUCUAAGUGGCAGCCAUGAUAAGAGCUGGUCGAAUUCUCUAAAUUUUAAGGAAAGGUGCUUCAAUGCUUCCUUUUUAAUCUCCUUUAGCAUAGUGUACAUUGGACCAUCCUUUACGAAAGGAAAGGAGAUAAUUCCGUCCUACAAGUCCUUGCGGCACCAAUAUUAAAAGUGACCAAGCGACUCACCAUUCACAAACUCAAAUGAUUAGGAAAGAAAAAGAUCAACAUGACUGAGAAAGGAAGGAGAUCACUAUGUACAUUACCGUUGUUUAUGAAGCAUUAUACAUCUCAUGCCAUAACAUGUUCAUAUGCUGUAUGUUUUCAACUUUCAACAUUAUGCUACUAUUGGUGCACCCUCCGUCAACAGCUUUGUUUAACUUGUUUUAUAACAGGUUAAACAAAUACACAAUGCAUUAUUUUCAUGUUCCGAUUUUCAUGUGAAUAAGAAAAACGGAAAUCCACCUGCUUUUGCCGUUUUCAUCUUCAAAUGGCUAAAAAAAGGGGAAUUCUUCCUUACCGCUGUCUCCAAGUACUGCUCAUGGGGGAACUGUUGGGUCUCUGUAAAUUCAAGAGUAUUAUCUAGACCUGCUCUAUGUGUAAAGUGCCCCGAGAUGACUUUCUUUGUGAUUUGGUGCUAUAUAAAUAAAAAUGAAUUGAACUGAAAAAAAAAAAAAAAA